CUCCCAUUUUGGUCUGCUCCAGCUGCGUGAGUCGCAUCCACACACACUCCAAAACACAAAAACACGGACUUUGACCGCCUCGGCGCGUCUGUCCACUGUGGUCGGACUUUCUAAAUGACGUCUGUGCAGCGCCUUUGAUUGACAUCCGAUCGCUUGUGAUGUCAUUCCUGCCUACCAUGCAUAGGCCUUAACCUGCGCGUCACACAACAUGUCCGACAAAGACCCCUCGUCACCGACGGGCCCCUCGCCGCCUCUGGCCUCUCCUCCCACCCCGCUUCGGAUCUCCUUCCCCUUCCUGCGGGAGGGAAGCAGGGUUUGGGAGCGAGAGAGGAAGCCCCCACAACCUGGAGGAGAACUGCCCAGCCCACUGCCCACCAAACGCACUCGCACGUAUUCGGCGACAGUACGAGCUAAAUCGGGUCACGUGUUUAAGGGCGUGUGCAAAAACUUCUCCCGCUCGCAAGGCCACGGAUUCAUUCGGCCCGUUCAUGGAGGAGAAGACAUCUAUGUCCACGUCUCAGACAUUGAAGGUGAGUAUGUGCCGAUGGAAGGGGAUGAGGUGACGUACAAGGUGUGCCCCAUCCCGCCCAAGAUGCAGAAGAUCCAGGCGGUGGAGGUAGUGAUAACCCACCUGAAGCCGGGAAGCAAGCACGAGACUUGGUCGGGUCAGCUCAUCAGCUCCUAGAUCUUUGGAGGAGGGUUGGACUGGAAAAAUUUGAGGAUCGGUGAGAGGAGCAUGACAGGUAGAGGUGAAGGUCGAGACGGUGGAGUCGCAGCAGGUAGAAAGAAAAUCACAAUUGAACUGAAUGGAAACACAAUGAAUUCAGUUUCCGUCCCACCCAAAAAAUAUUUUGAUUUUCGAAUGAGGAAGCGAAUUAUUAUAGUCAUAAAAACGCAUUAAUAACAUUAUAAAUAAAAUACAGCAUCAUUUCAAGCAUCAAUGCCCAAUGAUAUUGUACUUUGGCCACCAGGGGGCAGUACAAUACAUUCAUUUCAAUUGUAGGUCUGCUUAAAGUUGAGGUGCCAUUCUGGAACGAUUCAAUGAAAACCAAAAAUAUGAGCCACAACAUAUUCUUAUGCGAUGAUGCACUCUAUUUUAUUGGGCUUAAGAUGUAAUUAUUUAAGUAAAUAUUUGAAUGACAAACACUAUAAAUAGAAACAUAUCGAACGGGAAAGGACGGAAUUACCUGACCAUGUGAGGGAAAGGAAAAGGGUGACAUGAGAAAAGAUGACAGGAUAGUCAAUGACUAUUUAUUAUUUAUUAACUUAUUUAUUUUGUUACUCUUUAAAGGCUGCCUUUUUACGUCUUUGAGCAACGUUAAGCCUUUUGGAUUAUUGCACUGAAUUAAUCGGCAUUAAGACUAAUUACUACCUAAUCUAUCGUUAUGAAUAUUUCACAACUUUUGCUGUUUUAGCAGCUCUUCACUAAAUGUUGAGUAGAAAAUGUUCCACGAUGCAGUCGGUCGGAAUUUCUAGCAGAAUGUGUUGAUUCUCACUUGGCUGUGUUAUAAAAGUCAAAAGCCCUUUUUUUUUUCCAUUUGUGUCUUAUCACUGUGAUUGUGUCUUUUGACACUUGGAUAACACGUGUGCGAUAACAUGUUGGAAAUAAAUGGAGAGAUUAAA